AUGGAUUAAGAAUUAGAUUUACAAACAAGCAUAUCCUCAAUUGAUAUUGAUUAAUAAGGAAGGAAUUUAGUAGUUGGAGGGAGGGAAAUCUUAAAAAUAAUAGAUUUGGAUUAAAUGAAUAAAAAAAUGAAUAUCAAAUAGAAUAUGAGGAGACAAGGCACUAAAUUAGCUAUAGGAUAUGUUGAAUUUAAUCGUAAAAAACCAACUCUAUUAUUGGCUGCAUCUGUAUAAGGGUAAUUUUAGGUUUGGGAUAUUGAUAAACAAAAAGAAACAGUUUAUAGAAAUCAUUAAGCUGCUAUCCAUAGAAUGAAUUGGCAUAAUGAAAACUGUUUUAUUAGUGGUGGAUAAGAUUAUGCAAUUAAUUAUUAUGAUUAUCGUUAAUCUACUGCAUAACCAAUUUUUACAUUAUAAAGAAAUGAAGCUAUUAGAGAUAUUAAAUUUAACAUAACAAGAGAUAAUUAUUUUAUGGCUGCUUCAGAUACAGGUUAGUUAGAAUAUUUUGAUAUUAGAAAAUAACUAGAGAAUGUUACUGAGAUUAAUUUAAGGGGUAGGAAAUAGGAUCCAUUUACAAAUUUAAUAAUAUGUUUAGAUUGGACUAAAGAUAAUGUAUUAGCUAGUGGAUCAAAUGAUAAAGAAAUUAAAAUAUUAUAAGUAGAGAAUCACACUGAUAUUAGGGAAAAAGGAAUAAUUUAACAUAUAGAUGGAUCUUCUCAUAUUAAAUGGCAUGUUUAGAACAAUUCUUUAUUAAGUGUAUCAUCAUUAAAUAGAGAUAUCUCAGUUACUACAUAUGAUAUUAGAACUCCAUUUCGACCUAUGCAUAUUGUUAAAGGUCAUAAUGAUAUAAUUACAUCAUUUGUUUUUAAUUAAGAUGAAUAGUAUGUCUUUACUGGAUCUAAAGAUAAAUAUUUAAGAAUGUAAUCUGUUAGAUAGGCAUAUUAAGUAUAUAAUAAUUGUCCAAUAUUUCCUGUUUCCUUUAAUCAAUAUAAUGAUUUGCUUAUGAAAUUAGAAUCUCCAUUUCCAAGUUAAUAUGAAUUAGAAAAGAUUAAUCACUAUGAAAUGAAUUUGUAGCCAAUUCAAAAAUAAUCCUCAAAUGAUGGAAUUUACAAGGCUAAAACUUAAAAUUAAUCUCAAAAUAAUUUUAAUUAAAAUUCAUGGUAAGAUAUAUUAAAAGCAACAUCAGUAUCUCCAUAAAAUUCAUAAAUUCAAAAAAAUAAUGUUAGAUCAAUUUUCUAUAUUGAAGCUAUUGAUUAAAAAUUUGAUCCUAAAAUUCCUUUUGAUGAGGAAUUAAAAUAUUUUUAAAAGAAUUAUAAUUCAAAAAAAGAUUUUUCAUAUAAUAGUAAUGUUGCAUUACAAAUAGAUAAACCAGAAAUAGCACAUUAUUGGAAAGCUUUAGAACAUCUUAUUAAUGAUUUUAAAAAGUUAUCUAAAGAUUGUAGUCCAAAUAUUUUUAUGUAAAAUUGUCCUGUAUAAUUACCAAACAAAGGUAAUGAUUAAUCAGAUGAUGAUUAAAAGUCUCCUUUAGAAUAAAUGACAUAAGUUACAAAAAAUAAUAGAUAACAUGAAAAAAAGUAAUUAGAUUCAUAAGAUCUAUAAAAACUUUAUAAAUAUUUUGAAAAAUAUCCAGCAGCAUUUAGAUAAGAAUUAGAUAGCAAAAAUAUCAUAAUUGAAGAUUAAAAUCAUUUAAAAAUUCAUAUGGAAAGAAUACCUUACUAUAAAAAUUUAUUAAGAACAAUGACUCCUAUUGGUUAUUUAUUGACUGAUAAAUAGCAUAUGAUGUAAUUAUUAAAUAAUAUAUAGGUAAGUUAUUUCUAAUUCUAUUCUUUAAUUAAUUUAACAUGUUAUUGAUUAAGGUGAACUUCCUAGUGGAUUUUGGAUGUCUGCAUGUGCAAAAAAUUAUGUAUAAUUUCCUGAUUUAAAUGCUAAAAAAUGGACUCAAUCUUAUAUUGAAUUAUUAGUUGCAUUUGGAAAACAUACAUUAGCAAUGAAAGCUGCUUUAGAAAGUCCAGUUGAAUAAUUUAGAACUAGUAAUAAAUAUGUUACAAAUUAUAAAUGUCUUGGCCCAUGUAAAAAUAGUUAAAUUACAGGAGCAUUUUGUAAUAUAUGUAAAACAGAUUUUAUAUGUGCAAUAUGGUAAUAUUAAAUAUUAAAUAAUAUAGUUUUAAACCAGUAAGAGGUCUUUAUUUAUGGUGCUAAAAUUGUAUGCAUGGAGGUCACAUGAAAGAAAUGAAAGAUUGGUUUAAAAAUAAUACUUCAUGUCCUUUAGGAUGUGGUCAUAAUUGUUUUGAUAAAUGA